AUGCAGAUCGCCCACGGCUACUGUCCUGGGAGCCCCCCCGACGCAGGAGAUGAGCAGGGGCUGGGACUGUGUCGGGGCGAGGUGGACUUCGGAGGGUCCGGGAAGAAGCGGAGCAAGUUCGUGAAGGUGCCCAGCAGCGUGGCCCCCUCUGUUCUCUUUGACUUGCUACUGGCUGAGUGGCACCUGCCGGCCCCCAACCUGGUGGUGUCCCUGGUGGGUGAGGAGAGGCCUUUUGCCAUGAAGUCCUGGCUGCGGGACGUCUUGCGCAAGGGGCUGGUGAAGGCGGCUCAGAGCACAGGCGCCUGGAUCCUGACCAGCGCUCUCCGUGUGGGCCUGGCCCGGCAUGUCGGCCAGGCUGUGCGUGACCACUCCCUGGCCAGCACAUCCACCAAGGUCCGCGUGGUGGCCAUUGGCAUUGCCUCGUUGGGCCGCAUUCUGCACCACCAACUUCUAGAUGAUGCCCAGGAGAACACCCCCAUCCACUACCCAGCCGACGAUGGGGGCAGCCAGAGCCCCCUCUGCGCCCUGGACAGCAACCUCUCUCACUUCAUCCUGGUGGAGCCGGACACCCCAGGGAAGGGGGACGGGUUGGCAGAACUGCGGCUGAGGCUGGAGAAGCACAUCUCGCAGCAGAGGACCAGCUAUGGGGGCACUAGUAGCAUCGAGAUCCCUGUCCUUUGCCUGCUGGUCAAUGGUGACCCCAGCAUCCUGGAGAGGAUUUCCAGGGCUGUGGAGCAUGCUGCCCCCUGGCUGAUCCUGGCAGGCUCAGGUGGCAUCGCGGACGUGAUUGCUGCCCUGGUGAGCCAGCCCCACCUCCUGGUACCCCAGGUGGCUGAAAAGCAGUUUAGAGAGAAGUUCCCCAGUGAGCAUUUCUCCUGGGAGGCCAUCGUGCACUGGACCAAGCUGCUACAGAACAUCACCUCUCACCCGCACCUGCUUACCGUGUAUGACUUCGAGCAGGAAGGCUCCGAGGACCUGGACACCGUCAUCCUCAAAGCACUGGUGAAAGCCUGCAAGAGCCACAGCCAAGAGGCCCAGGACUACCUGGAUGAGCUCAAGCUGGCCGUGGCCUGGGACCGCGUGGACAUCGCCAAGAGUGAGAUCUUCAGUGGGGACGUGGAGUGGAAGUCCUGUGACCUGGAGGAGGUGAUGAUGGAUGCCCUGGUGAGCAACAAGCCCGAGUUCGUGCGCCUCUUUGUGGACAGCGGUGCCAACAUGGCCGACUUCCUGACGUAUGGGCGGCUGCAGCAGCUCUACCGCUCUGUGUCCCCCAAAAGCCUGCUCUUUGACCUGCUGCAGCGUAAGCAUGAGGAGGGCCGGCUGACGCUGGCUGGCCUGGGUGCCCAGCACUCCCGGGACCUGCCUGCAGGGCCACCCACCUUCUCCCUGCACGAGGUCUCCCGCGUGCUCAAGGACUUCCUGCAUGAUGCCUGCCGCGGCUUCUACCAGGACAGCCGGGCGGCCGGCCGGAGGAAGGCGGAGAGGGGGUCGGCCAAGAGGCCCACCGGCCAGAAGUGGCUGCUGGACCUCAACCAGAAAAGCGAGGACCCCUGGAGGGACCUGUUCCUCUGGGCUGUGCUGCAGAACCGCCACGAGAUGGCCAAUUACUUCUGGGCCAUGGGCCAGGAGGGUGUGGCAGCAGCCCUGGCCGCCUGUAAAAUCCUCAAAGAAAUGUCCCACCUGGAGACAGAGGCAGAGGUGGCCCGCACCAUGCGUGAGGCCAAGUACGAGCAGCUGGCCCUGGACCUCUUCUCCGAGUGCUACAGCAACAGCGAGGACCGGGCCUUCGCCCUGCUGGUGCGCCGUAACCGCAGCUGGAGCCGGACCACCUGCCUGCACCUGGCCACUGAGGCGGACGCCAAGGCCUUCUUUGCCCAUGACGGCGUGCAGGCGUUCCUGACCAAGAUCUGGUGGGGGGACAUGGCUGCAGGCACACCCAUCCUGCGGCUGCUGGGCGCCUUCACCUGCCCUGCCCUCAUUUACACCAACCUCAUCACCUUCAGUAAGGAAACCCCUCUGAGGACGGGCCUGGAGGACCUGCAGGAGCUGGACAGCCUGGACACAGAGAGGAGCCUGCUGUGUGGCUCGGGCAGCCGGGUGGAGGAGCCAGUGGAGGCACCAAGGGGUGCAGGUGACCGAGGCCCGCAGGCCGCCUUCCUGCUCACACGCUGGCGCAAGUUCUGGGGGGCACCGGUGACUGUGUUCCUGGGGAACGUGGUGAUGUACUUCGCCUUCCUCUUCCUUUUCACCUACGUCCUGCUGGUGGACUUCAGGCCGCCUCCCCGGGGGCCGUCUGGGCCCGAGAUCACCCUCUACUUCUGGGUCUUCACACUGGUGUUGGAGGAAAUCCGGCAGGGCUUCUUUACGGAUGAGGACACACACUUGGUAAAGAAGUUCACUCUAUACGUGGAGGACAACUGGAACAAGUGUGACAUGGUAGCCAUCUUCCUGUUCACCGUCGGUGUCACCUGCAGGAUGCUGACCUCCUUAUUUGAGGCCGGCCGGACCAUCCUGGCCAUCGACUUCAUGGUCUUCACGCUUCGGCUCAUCCACAUCUUUGCCAUCCAUAAGCAAUUGGGCCCCAAGAUCAUCAUUGUGGAGAGGAUGAUGAAGGAUGUCUUCUUCUUCCUCUUCUUCCUGAGCGUGUGGCUCGUGGCCUACGGUGUGACCACCCAAGCGCUGCUCCACCCCCACGACGGCCGCCUGGAGUGGAUCUUCCGCCGCGUGCUCUACCGGCCCUACCUGCAGAUUUUUGGGCAGAUCCCCCUGGAUGAGAUUGACGAAGCCCGUGUGAACUGUUCCGUCCACCCCCUGCUGCUGGAGGACUCGCCCUCCUGCCCCAACCUCUAUGCCAACUGGCUGGUCAUCCUCCUGCUGGUCACCUUCCUGCUGGUCACCAAUGUGCUGCUUAUGAACCUGCUCAUUGCCAUGUUCAGCUACACGUUCCAGGUGGUGCAGGGAAACGCCGACAUGUUCUGGAAGUUCCAGCGCUACCACCUCAUCGUGGAAUACCACGGGCGCCCCGCCCUGGCCCCACCCUUCAUCCUCCUCAGCCACCUGAGCCUGGUGCUCAAGCGCGUCUUCAGGAAGGCAGCCCAGCAAAAGCAGGAGCACCUGGAGCGAGACCUGCCGGACCCCCUGGACCAGAAGAUCGUCACCUGGGAGACUGUUCAGAAGGAGAACUUCCUGAGCAACAUGGAGAGGAGGAGGAGGGACAGUGAGGGGGAGGUGCUGCGGAAAACCGCCCACAGAGUGGACUCUGUUGCCAAGUACCUCGGGGGGCUGAGAGAGCAAGAAAAGCGGAUCCGGUGUCUGGAAUCACAGGUCAACUACUGCACGCUGCUCCUGUCCUCCAUGGCUGAUGUGCUAGCCCCAGGCAGCAACUACUGGAGCUCUCGGCAAUGUGGUAAUGGGAGCCAGCAGGCCCCUGCUGGCCACGGAGAGGGCCCUGGUGGCAGAGAACACCCAGAGGCUGGCCAGCCACCCUCAGACAACUGA